AUGCGAAACAAGACUGCUUUUGAAAAACGUUGCUUUCCAAAAGUAGCAAGGUUGACAAGGAAAGAAAUAGAUAAAGUGUUCAAAAGACUAUGUAGCAUAGAAAGUGAAAAUCUCACCGAUGAAAAUGUCCAAGAUAUUUGCAGGGUUUUGGUCUUGAAACUUCUUGUGUCCCUCUUUCUGUCAAACAAUGGAUGCAAUCUCCCAUUUGCAUACUUGGAAUAUGUUGAAGACAUGGAGAGAAUUGCAGAGUAUAAUUGGACUGAGCAUAUUUUUGAUUUUUUUAAAAAAUCAUUGGAGGAAAAAGAGGCAACCGAAGUAAUAGGUUGCGUGAUGAUGAUUCCGUAUUGGUAUUGUGAGCACUCCAAAAUCAUUGAACCAAUUGAAGAAGGAAGAAUACCAAGGUGUGCAAAAUGGAAUCUAAUGGGCCUGGAAGCAGAAUUAAGAAAAACACCAUUCAUAGACGUCAGUUUUUUAGUUGUAUACUUGAAGCCCACAGAAACAGAAGUUACGAUGUUGGGUGCUCAAAGAGUUGUGGAGCUGUUGGAAGAAGAAGAAGAAGAACAAGAACAAGAAAAGAAAGAAGCAGUGGAUGAGGCUACAGAACAAGAAGAAAAAGAAAAAGAAAAGGGAGAAGUGGAUGAGGCUACUUUUUUUGCUGAAAAAGAGAUAAGAGAGUUGAGGUGUGAAAAUCAGAGAUUGAAAGAUCAACUCCAGAAGGCAGAAGAAGAAAAGGAUCUCCAAAAAGUAGAAAUUGAAAAGCUGCAAAUGGAAAUCACUGAAGCAUUAAACAAGGAGAAUGAGUUGAUAUGUGAAAAUCAGAAAUUUAAAGAUCAGCUCCAAAAGGCAGAAUUUGAAAAGCUGCAAAUGGAAAUCACUGAAGCAUUAAACAAGGAGAAUGAGCUGAUAUAUGAAAAUCAGAAAUUUAAAGAUCAACUCAAAAAUGCUGAUAAAGAGGUCAAAAGACUUAAGAAAGAAAAUGAUUUCCAAAAUAGAAAAUUUGCAGAGCUGCAAAGGGAAUAUGUAGGAAUCAACCAAGCACAUGAAGAGGAAAAAGCUAAAAUGGAAGCAAGGAUUGAGGACUUACAAAGCCAGCUCGCAAUAAUAACUCUUCAAGAGUUAAAAAGGGGAAAGGAAGCUAAAGAAGAGCAAUCAAUGGAAGUCCUUGAAACCAGAAAAAUAAAGAAGAAGGAAAUAGUGAAGGUGGAAGAACAAGGCAGGAAGAAAAAAAAAAGGUUGAAGACUUAA